GAUGGGCGGCUGACUCGGCUUUAUGGUUGCAUGCGUGAAAAUUUUACGGUUCAAACUAAUGUGGCAAAUACUCAACAGACGAUGUAGAAAUAUAAGCGGGGUAUGAGCCUCAACCGCUUAGUGUCGUAACGUCCAAAAAAUUUUGCGUUGUCAUGUCUAGAUUUAGGCCGAUUUGCCAAGAUUUUGUGAGUUUUAUGAGCCCUGUAUGGUGCAGGAAGAUGUCAUCAACAAGCCUGCCUGUAUUCAACAGCAUUUUGUACUCUGUCAAGAACAGAGUUGCCAAUAUUCAGUUAAAUCGUCCGGCGCGAAUGAAUGCCAUUGAUCAUCACAUGCCGAGAGAACUACAAACUGCUGUCGAGCUUGCCAAUGAAAAUAUGGAUGUAAAGGUGAUUGUACUGUCCGGUAGUAAGGUGUUUUGUUCAGGGUAUGACCUGAAGAUCUUUGCUGAGCCAAAGCGGGGCACAGUGCCGGGCAGUCAGACCAUGCCCUGGGACCCGUACAUCGACUACACCUUCAUGUCUGCUUGCACCAAUGCCUUCAUGUCUAUCUGGAGAAGUUACAAACCUGUAGUUGGUAAGAUCAGCGGGGUGGCCAUUGGAGGGGGAAGUGACAUCGCUCUACUCUGUGACAUCACAGUAGCUGCGGAGGACGCCCGCAUUGGAUACCCCCCGUCUAGAGUUUGGGGCUGUCCCACAACUGCUAUGUGGGUGUACAGAGUAGGCCUUGAGCGAGCUAAGCGCAUUCUGCUGACAGGGGACUUACUAACUGGCAAACAGGCAGCAGACAUUGGUCUCAUUGGAGAGGCUGUUCCAGCCAGCCAAUUGGAUGAAGCUGUGGACAAGGUAGUGCAACGAUUGGUCACUGUACCAACCAAUCAAAUGUUCUUUCAGAAACAAGUCAUCAACAAUGCUGUGGAAAUGAUGGGAUUGUUUUCUUCUCAGAGGCUGGCCACGUUCAUGGAUGGUAUGACCCGACACACCCCAGAGGGCGUGGCAUUUCAAAAACGAGCACAGGAAGUGGGCUUUAAGGAAGCGGUGAGGGAAAGAGACAUGGGUGUGGACACCACAUGGUCAACUCCUCCCAAACCAAAGUUGUGAAUAUCUGACAAAGUGUAAAACUACACAGUGAAUGCAGUGAAUAUUUCAAUUUACGUAUUCAGCUGUAGUUACAGAAUCACUUGAGUGCGAUUGAGUGACAAUGGAGGUCUGGGUUAAGGUCUGCAAUCUUGAUCUUGAAUAAAUGUGUGUUAUCCUAAAUUAAGGCUAGCUAAGACAUAGCCUGGUCUUG